AACAACUUAUACACCACAAUAUGAAGCCUCUUAUCCUUCUCUUCACGCUCGCACUUGCACUCGCUCUCUCGAAGCCAAUCACCGCGUCGCGCGACAAAGGCUGCAGAGACGUGUUCAACAAUUUUAGCCAUUGUGCGAGCUAUAUUCAAGGGCUAGGCAACAAACCAACGCGGACGUGUUGCCAAAGUGUAACGAAUCUGAAUGUCAUCGCGAAACAUGAAAUGGGUGGUUCGGUAAGAAUAUGCAAAUGCAUAGAGUCUUUUGCAAGUUAUAGACACCACCGAUUCGUUGCUGCACGCAUCAAGGACCUGCCUCAUAAGUGCAACACGCAUUUGAGUUUUCAUAUUUCGGAGCACAUGAACUGUAACAGGGCUGUUUGAAAGAUUAAUCUCUACCCUUUGGUUAAUACUUGUUCAAAGUAUGUUUAUGUCAUGUAAUAAGGUUGUAAGGGCUAUUAUUAUAUUGUUUCGAUGUAUUCGCGAAACAUAAAUAAGGGCUAUUAUUAUAUUGUUUCGAUGUAUUCGUGGAACAUAAAUAAAAAAAAGUUACUAUUAUAAUUUCA